CGUAUUUUCGUGCGGGUGCUGAAAACACAAUCCACGCAACGAUGAGUGGUAAAAAAGGAUUAGAUUUAUUGCGCACAAUCGCCACUGUAAUGACGAAAACCAACGGAUACGAUAGAUGCCUACAACAGCUUGUAAUGGUAAGCGGAGGAGACGGUAGGUGCUUGGCAGAGUUUAAGGUACAGGAAGAGCAUUUGAACCGCGCCGGUGGACUACAUGGUGGGUUUACCGCUACAAUCGUAGACGUAGUGACUACCUAUGCUUUGAUGACCAAAGAAAAUGCAGCCCCCGGAGUAUCAGUGGACAUCCACGUGAGCUACUUGAAAGGGGCACGGCAGGGAGACGAAGUCGUUAUCGAUGCAAAUACGGUCCGUGCCGGUAGAAACUUGGCUUUUCUCGAAUGCGAGCUUCGCCACAAGAAGGAUAACUCUAUUAUCGCCAAAGCAUCACACACCAAAUAUAUUGGAAGUAAUUGAAGAUUAUUGUAGAAGGCUUAUAGCCUGAUGUACGCUAGGUUAUUAGGUGAUAUGGUUGAUUUUUACAUGAUUUUAUCUCGGAAGAAUAAAUGCUUCUAUGGUGCGAUUUGAAAUAAAAUACAAUGAAAGGUUAACGUUAUCUGGUAUCUUUUGUUUCGUUCGGAAAAGAAGAA